AUGAAUGCAGAGGACCCAAAUGAGGUUUAUAUUGAUCUGGCAGAACAUGAAAUCAAAGUGAAGGAGCAGCCCGGAGCUGCGGCCGAGGCUCCGGCGAUACCGAGCGCUGCUGCAGAGCCCGUCACGUUUGGGCCCGAGAGCGAAUGCACCCCGCUGUGCCCAGAGACCGAGGGGGCACCAGGGCUGGAACAGGCGGGGACCGAGCGGGGACACGGGCACAUCGAGGGCGGAACGAGGCGGAACGAGGCGGGACCGAGGGCGGAACGAGGCGGGACCGAGGCCCGGCCCGGCCCCGCACUGGGUGCCGCGAUUGAGCAGCUGGUGAGGGUGUGCAUGGAGAGCUCCCCUUAUUUUGAGCUGGCGUGCCCCAGGGAUGUGUACCACAUCGUGCCAGCAGGAGCCUCUGCCCAUGUGCGCAUGUCCUAUUCUAAGACAGAUUAUUCCCAUGAGCUCGUCUGCACCACUGCAAAGGACAAGGUAGUUGUACCAAUUCGGGCCAUUUGUGCCCGACCUGUCCUGGUCCUCCCUGACCAGCUGGACUUCUCCAAGUGUCCGGUCAAGUACAGCGUCCAGAAGACUCUGCUGGUUUGCAAUGUCGGUCACCGGGAAGCUCAUUACCAGCUGAGCACCCAGAGUCCUUUCUCCGUGGUGCCAGCCACAGGAACUCUGGGCGCUGGUGACGCUGUGGAGGUGACAGUGGGAUUUCACGCGCUGACCACCGGUGACCAUUGCGGGUCCCUGUGCUGCAGCACAGGUGAAGAAAGUGUCCACACAAAGCUCCAUGGAGAAGCUGUAGAUCUCAACAUUGGGUUGAGCACAAAUUUCGUGGAGUAUAAAACUUUCAUCACCAUGUCAAACCAGAAAACCAUGUUCAUCGAAAACAGGAGUAACAUCACAGCCCACUUCCAGUGGAAGGCUUUUCCUGCUGAGGAAGAAGAGAAUGAAGAAAAGAGGAGGCAGUGUGAUUUGCUGCAGCCAUCGAGUGAGGUGUGGAUCAAAAGCUUAAUGGAGGAGAAAGAAAUAAAGGAGGAGAAGGGCUUUUGUGAAGAUCACGUUGCCCUCCUGAGCAGCAUGGUCGAGGAGAAGAUUGCAAAGGUGCAAGAAGACCCCCUGCUGUUCUCCAGUGACAUUUUUUUCAUCGAGCCAAUGGAGGGAGAAAUCGAGCCAAAUUGUUCCGCCGAAAUCAAGGUGACCUUCAAGCCCCUGGAAGCACAGGAGUAUGAAAGUGUGGCUUACUGCAAUGUCUCAGGCCAUGAGAACAGGCUGCCCCUGUGCCUCAGAGGGGAAGGACAAGGACCCUUGGUUGAACUCAGCCCUCCUACACUGAACCUUCAGGAGAUUUUUAUCAACACCUCCUAUGUCUAUGAGGUGAAACUGAUUAACCAAGGAGCUCUUGAUGCUCCCUUCACCUAUAUCCCUUCAACCACAAACGUGGAUUUCUGCUUCAAGCUUGAGCCCGAGGAGGGCAUCAUUGCACCAGGUGGGACCCAGACUGUUCAGAUCUCCUUCCAUACCACCGUGUUGGAGUGGUUUGAGGAAGAAUUCCAGUUCAGUGUGGCUGGAUCUCCUACACCUGUGAUCCUGACCAUCACGGGCUGCGUCACUGGACCGAAUUUGCACUUCGACCUCCCUGAGCUCCACUUCGGGGUCAUCGCCUUUGGCUUUCCCACCACCAAGAGUGUUCGCCUCACUAACAGCUCCGUGGCGCCCGUGACGUUCAAGCUCCGCAUGUCAGAUGAUGGCACGCAGCCAUCUGUCAGCAGCUUUGAUCUAAUACGCAGACAGAGUGACCCAGCCUGGAGGGACGGAAUUCAUUUUUAUGUGGAGCCAAGGGAGUUUACAAUGAAUCCCAGCCAAGGGACCAUCCCCUCCCAGGGAUACCAGGAUAUUGAGGUGACCCUGUGCUCUAACAGCAUGAUGAGGUUCAAAAGGAGAAUGCUGGUGGACCUGGAGGGUAUUGGCGAGGGAGUGGCAGCACUGGUCAUCACAGCCAGAUGUCUCGUUCCUGAGCUGCGUGUGUGCCCCCAAGUCCUGCCAUACAGUAAGUGCCUCCUGAAGGCGCCGUACGAGAGGAAGCUCUUCGUUGUAAAUUCCAGCGACCUUCCUGGCUGCUACGGGCUUAUUCACCAGAAACGCAAGGAGGGCUGUCCUGUGUUCUACUCCAGCCCCAAGCCCUGUGGGAUUGUCCAGCCUCACAGCACAGCAGAGAUCCCAGUUAUAAUUGAAGUGCAGACGUUGGGCGAGCAUCGUACCAGGGUUCUCGUCGGUGUGUUUGGGGAUGAGAUAAACCCACGGGCUUCCAAAUCCCACUGCUUUGUUAUUGAACCCAGUGAAGGAGUGAUCCCUCCUAAGAGUGAGGUUUCUGUGACUGUUACAGCAACCCUGGAUGACACUGUGCUUUUUGAUGAUGCUCUCGAGCUGUUCAUUAGGAACAGCCUUUGGAACACCGUCUUUCUCCAGGCUUUGGGCUUUGGCACCACAAUUGUCACAGACAAACCACUUGCCCCAGAGCUCAACUUGGGAUACCAGUUCAGCCUCGUUCCCUGUUUUCGUUGGUUCAAAGUAACAAACAAGGGCCGCCGUUACCAUCAGCUCUUCUGGAGUGUGGAAUGCUACAGCCCACCUGAGGAGGAGGGCCAGAGUGCCUCAGACCUCAGCAGCUCCCAGGAUGAUUCCCAGAGCCCUGAACGUGCCAGCCCCGUGUUUGGGCUGGAGCCAGUGUCGAUGGGCCUGAAGCCAGGCCAGUCUGAGGACUUGGUGCUGCGAGGCUUCUCCCGCAUCCCACAGGAGGUGCAGGAUUAUGUGUUUUGUGAAGCUGUCAUUGGGACAACCCUCGAGAGGGAGAAGAUAAUAGAAACCAUCAUUACCUGCAAGUUUAUUCACCCCUCUAUAGAAGUAUCACACAGACAAUUCUCUUUCCGGGUGGACAAGAAACCCAGUGAUGUCCUGACACUGCAGUACCAGCCUUUGGCUGUAAAAAACACCUGCCUGCUGCCACUGGACCUUAUGCUGGAUUUGGAGCAGCAGCCAUUCCUGGUCUGUGAUGGGAACAAAGAGCCCCUCCCAGAUGGCCAGCCUGUGAGAGUGGAUGUAAAGGAGACCUGUUAUGUCUACAUCGCAUUUGACCCAGCUUAUGAACUGGAUUUUAAGAGCUGGAAAAAAGAGAAGGUUCUGAAGAUAGAGAUGGUCAGGGGCCAUCCUUCUGUGGAGUGCAUCACCCUUCAGGGAGAAGUCAACUUCCCAAAUCUCCAAAUCCAGCCCAGCACCCUAAAGUUUGGCUGCAUCGAGGCUGGCACUGAAGAAGUGCGUUUUCUGGAGAUGACCAACUGCAGCCCACUUCCCGUGGAGUACCACUGGACAUUCCAUUCCGACAGACAGGUGACCAUGCUGAGAGAUGAGCUUUACCCACCUAAAUUCAAACCCCAGCCACCAAAGGGGAAGAUAACCUAUAUGGAUUGCCUGGCAUCUCGAUGGAGACACUUCAAGAUGAGAAAGGAGGAGGCAGCCAAAACCCUGAGAAAAGCUUUCAGUAUUGUGCCACUGUCAGGUGUGCUGCAGCCAGGAGAGAGCCAGCAGGUCUCCUUCACCUUCUCUGGCCACAUCAACACCAUCUCUGAUGUCAUGGCACUGUGCCACGUGGAGGGAGGCCCCACCUAUGAGGUGGUGGUGACCGGGAAGAUCUCCCGUGUCAGCUACUCCCUGAGCCCCCGGGAGAUCAACUGUGGCUUACAGAUGUUUAAUGAAGUUUGUCACAGCAAGGUCACCCUGGCAAACUGUGGAAAGAUUGAAUUCAGCUGGGUGCUAAACCCUAGCCCUGAAGACAAGCAUCUGCCUGGUGUGUUUCUGGUCAACCCCACCACUGGCUCCAUUGCACCUGGUGAGAAGCAAGUGCUGAAAUUCUUUUGCAUGCCAGGAUUACCAGGAGCCUUCAGCAGGACUUACCAGCUUAAAGUGGGUGACCUGAACCCAGAAAAUAUCUGCCUGAAAGGAGAAGCAUCCUUUCCCAUGAUCAGUAUGAACGUGCCCUGGAACAUCCAAGGAAAUGAAAAAUACGAGGAGACACUGAAACAGCUCAUAAGACCUCUGCAACAAAACAAUAAGAGGAAUAAAUCAGGUGUUCGGAAGAAGACUUGGAGCCUGAAGAUGAAGAUCUUGAAGUCUCAGACCCCAACAACUCAGACUGUGAAGAUUCAGAAUCCAGAGACUCAGGACCUGAAGCCCCACAUCCCUCAUUCUGGCAUUGUAUCAGACACUCAGCUGCAGAUAAAGAUUAUGAGGAUGCUGAUAGAGAAGGCUGCUCUGGAGCUGCAGGGAAAGCUCACAUCCUAUGCCCUGAAGAGCAAGUUCCCUAACAAGGAGCUGUGCCAGAGUCUUGUCAAAGUUGAGCUGCUCGAGUAUGUCCUGGACAUGGGCCCUGUCCUUAAGGGUUACACUGAGACACACACUCUGGAGAUCACCAACCCUGGGCAGAUCCAUGUGUCCUUCCAGGUCAAUGUAUCUGUCCUGCAGAACACAGGUUUCAGCGUGGACCUGGACCAGAUGAAUGGCCUGCCCCCCAGCCACACCUUGACCUUUGACGUGCGCUUUGAGAGUGCCCACAAGCCAAAGGGUGACGUGGAAGUGGUGCUGCCCAUAGAGGUGACAGAAGGCCCUGUGUACAGCAUCCGCCUCCGUGUCACUGUGUUGGAACUGUCACUUGACCUCUCCAAGAACACACUGGAGUUCUCUGACAUCCUCAUUGGGGAGUGCCAGGUUGAGACCAUCCGACUCUACAACCGGUUCCCAGAACCCUGCAAAUGGUUCAUUACUUCCAACAAGCCUGUUCUGAAGAAAAAUCAGCACCAGCCCUGUGCCUUUGAAGUGAUGCCCUCCCAAGGAACCCUUAAUCCAGGAAAGUGGCAGAACUUGGAAAUCCUGUUUACACCCAAGGAGGAGAGGUUUUACGAGCAUGAGCUGGAGCUUAACAUUUGUGGGAGCAGCAAUCGCUUAAAGCUGCGGCUCUCAGGACAAGGUCUGGAGCCACGGUUGGAGUUCAGGCCCCCAGCACUAAAGAUGGGAUGGAUGCUGGUGGACAGCGAUGUGGUAGAGGCCACAGUGGUGGUGAAGAACCCAUGCAACUUCCCCAUUGAAUUUUAUUCCCUGGAUUUUGAUGAGCAGUACCUUGAAGAGGAGAAGAUCCUGCGGAUGGCAGUGGGGUCUGAGGACCAAAAGAGCUUUUUUAUGCCUCCACGUGCCGUGGGUGAGACACUGCCCCCAGAGGUGAUGGAAGACCAUGAAGCACAGAGGAGGCCAGAGGCUCAACAGGCAGAGCUCAAGGCCAUGGCAGAAGCCAAGGCCAGGGCUGAGGCUGAGGCCAAGGCAGCAGCAGCAUAUCACAGGACUGUCCCAUUCUGUCCUGAGUCCAUGGUGAAAUUGAGUAGGAAUCCUGUCUCUCGGGCUGUCAUGCGCCACCUGGGCAUUGCCCCGUCUUCAGGGAGGCGUGAAGCGCAGCAGCACCGAGGGAUUGUUGUCAUCAUCCAUGGGCCACCCCGGGCAGGAAAGACAGAGGUAGCAGCAGGCCUGUGUCAGUAUUACGACGCUGCUUACGUGUCCAUCGACACCGUGGUGAAAGAGGCCAUGGCCAACGACCGGAGCCCAGCGGGGCUCUGUGCCCGGGAGCUCUGCACCCAGGCUGCCGUGGAGCUGGAAGGCAAAGAGGAAGGUGAUGCUGGUAAAAAGUCUCAGACCAAGAAUAAACCACCCUCUGGGGAAAAAAUCGACAAGAAUGUCAAAGACAAGACCUCUCCAGCACAAAAGAAGAAGGAGACAGACAGCAAACUCGACAAAAAGGACACCAAGUUCACAGUUUCCACUGCUCCUGCACCCCAGCAGCUGAACAUCAUCAGCAGUCGUGGGGAAAAGCUGAACUGCUUGAGCUGUGUGCUGCCCGAGGAGCUGCUGGUGGACAUCCUCAGUGAGAGGCUGAAGCGUAAAGACUGCUCCAAGGGAGUGAUCUUUGAUGGCUUGGAGAGCCUCUUUGCAAGCAGCCUGGAAUCUUCUCUGCUCUGUGUACUCAGAGCUAUCAAGAACCGUCGUCAUAUCUUCAUGGUGAACCUGCAUCAGGAUUAUGCUUCUUGGAAAGCCAGGGAUGAAGCUGAAAGAAAGAGGAAGGAAGCUGAAAGCGAGAAGGAAGCUCUGCAGAGGAAAGCAGAACGUCUCUGGAAAAUAGAUGAGGAUGAGUAUUAUGCCCUCCCUAAGGAGAAGAAAGCAGAAGUGGAUAAAAUAAUCCUGGAAAGGAAGCACAUACAGAGGAAGAAGAAACUGAAGCGGCUGGCUCAAAAGCUUGAGGAGGAGGCAAAAGCCUUAGAGGAGGAAGAGAGGAGGAAGGAGGAAAGGAAGGGUGUCUCCAUGGGGAUGCAACCUACAAAACCAGAGAAGGAAAUCAAACCGCCAGAGAAGGAAACCAAAUCACCAGAGGGGAAGGCCCCAGAGAAGAAGGAAACCAAAGCCCCUGAGAGGGGGGAAACCCAAGCUGCAGAGAUGGGGGAAACCAAAAUCCCAGAGGACCCAGCUGAGAUGGAGAACUUGAUCCUGAGAUUUCAGAUCUAUGAGUCAUCACAGCAGAACGUUGCACAGGUUUUCUCCUACUGGGACAGGGUUCAGGGUACUCUGCAGUUACCUGGGAUCCAAAAGGGAAAAUCUUCAGCUGGAAGCAAAGGUCAGAAGACCAGUAAGCCUCAGGAGAAGGUGGAGAAGAAGCCUGAGCAAAAAAGUGGAGACCAAAGGAGUCUUCAGUCAUUUCAGCUGGAGAUGCAAAGUGAAGCUGCAGAAGGGGCAGUCAGAGAUGAGCAUGUUGGGGUGCCGUGCUUGGACAUCCAGGUCUCAGAUCCAAAGGCCAUGAUCAGGGAGAUCCUGAGGGAUGGGAAGCUGCCAACAGAAGAUGAGCUGCUGAAACAUCUGGGACUGCAUCCUGACGGCCCUGCCCUUCCCCCUGCUGCUGUGCUCUCCGUAGUCGAGUACCCGGAGGAGCGGCUGGGCUCUGCAGAGCGUGUGGAGCCCUUCACCAUUGUGGCACCUGAAGGUGCUGCUAUGGAAGAUGAUCUGGCCAAGGCCCCAGAUGCAAAGGGCAGUUCUGCCAAGGGCCAUCCAAAGGCAGGUAAAGCAACCAGCAGAGACAGCUCUGCAGAGAAGCAGAUCUCCACAUGGAGAACAGAAAGUCCCCGGGAUUCCUCUGCAACAAGAUCCAAAAGUACAGUGGGAAGUGCCUCAGUCCCCACAGAAUUCCUCAGGCUGAAACGGUACCGGUGGAUAGUGCCUGCCCAGGGUGAGGUGGAACUGAAGGUCCACUUCUUCGCCAAAAAGCCGGGGAGGUUUGAGCAGACACUGAGGUUUGAGCUCGUGCAGUCAAAGCGCCAGUACGAGCUGCCCUGCCGUGGCGCCGGCCUGUACCCCAGCAUCAGCCAGAACCCACGGCUGGUGUUUCCACAGUGGAGGGCGACCAUGGGGGAAGAAGAAAUCAUCUUCAAGGAGUAUGUUGAGAGCACAAAGCAAUUCCACUUUGGACCACUGCUGUGUGGGAAAUCAAGAGAGUGGUACAAGGCCCAGAACUUUCCCAGCAACUUGGAGAAUAUAACCAUCCUCAACAACUCCCCCAUAGACACAAAUGUCCAGUUCUCCUUUGAGAAUGAUGGGGAAGCAAAGACGUUCCUUCUGGACCCUCCCCACAUGACACUGAAACCAAAGGAGAAGCAGGAGCUGACCAUUUGGGCAUACCCCACUUCCCCUGGCUUCCUGGAAGACAAGCUCAUCUGCUGCAUUGAGAAGAACCCGAACCCAGUGGUCUUCAGCCUGUGCUGCUAUGGGGUGCAUGUGAAGCUGGAAGUCAGCCCCCGUGAGCUCUCUUUUGACAAGCUGCUUCUGCACAGGACUGACAGCAGGACCUUGGUCCUGAGAAACAGCGGCCUGCUGCCCAUGGCCUGGCUGCUCAAUGGGCUGGAUGACCUUGUUGAGGACUUCUCCUUGUCACAGAACAAUGGUAUCCUUGAUCCUCGCUCAGAGUUUGAAGUGACACUGCAUUUCAAGGCUGAGCAGAUUGGCAGCAUUGAGAAGACCCUCCGACUAGAGGUUUCAGAUGCAGAAAACAUCCUGGGGGUUGUUCAGACUGAAAACAUUGAAGUCUCUGCAGAGGUCUAUGAUGUUUCUCUGAGCAUUGACUUCAUACCUGAAGGUCCAGAAGGAAGCUUGGAAUUUGGAACCAUUAAUGUCCUGGAUAAUGUGAAGAAAGUACUAAGUCUAAAGAACAAAGGGGUAUACAACAUUGAGUACAGGUUCACACUGAAGGGUGCAGGUCCCAGGAUGCGAGAAGCAGCAUCCUACUUCACUGUUACACCUCAGUCGGGCGUGCUGAUUGCCUCCCAGCCUGCUGUGAAUGUUGAGAUACUCUUCCACCCCACAAGUGAAAUGCUCCUCAAGAACAGACCCAUCCUGUACUGCCAGGUGAUAGAUGCCAGCUCAGGUCAAGGAGGCCAGGCUGUCACCAACAUCCCAGUGAAGGUGUCGGCCAAAGCCGUGUACAGCAAGUACAGCAUUGAGCCUGCCUCACCCAUCAACUUCGGAGCCAUGAUCAAGGGCACCAAGAAGAGCCAGAUUGUCAUGCUGGAGAACAAAGGCAUGCUCAACUUCAAAUUCUGCAUCCGCCAAGCACCCGAGGAUGCAUCUGCAUCAGAAAGCAAAAGUUCAAAGGAAGGGGAAUCAGCUACAAAGCUCUCAACAGCAAGGACAUCAAGCUUCUUGACACAGAGUCACCUCAGUCUUGGCAUGUUCACGGUGUCCCCCUGCUCCGGCUCCAUCGGUCCGUGGGGCCAGCAGAAGAUCACAGUGGAAUGCCUCGCAGGGCAGGAGGGGAGAUGUGAGGAGCAGCUCUACAUUGACAUCCCGGGCAGAGACCCCAAGGACAAUCCCCUCGGCAUUCCCUUCACCCUGAUUGCCGAGUCCUGCCUCCCAGGACUUGCUGAGGAUGUGAUGUUAAUCUUCGAGGCGUACCCGAUCUGCAGCAGCACCGACCUCGACCGCAAGCUGCAGUCGGUGAAAGGCACGGGCCUGUUUGUCAGAGAUGAGAACAGAUUCAUCUUCAACAAGGUUCUGGUUGGCCAAGAGGUUGAAGCUCAUUUCAGUAUCUACAGUUCAAGCAGCCUGCCAUGUGACGUGGUCCUCUCCAUCAAACCCCUGCCUGGAGAGGAACAAAUCCCUAUCAACAACAUUUUCAAGCUGUAUCCAGUCAAGAUGUCUGUUCCCGGCUCAUCCUGUGCCAUUGCUACGGUGACCUUCACCCCGCCAGACGAGCAGAACUACAACUGCACUUUCAAGGCUUCCCUUGUCAUCCCAAAAGGCUCUGUGAAAAUGAAACCCCAAACCCUGAGCUUCACCAUCAGUGGGAAGGGGCACGAGGCACAGCUGGCAGUCGUGUGCCCCAGCGCGCGCAGCAAGAGGGGAGCAGCCGUGCUGCGCUUCAGGAGGCUCCGGGUGGGGAGAUCCGAGGUGCUGCCCCUGGUCGUCCGUAACGAUGGCAUCAUACCUCUCAAGUUCAUGUUACGCCUGGAGCACGAGUAUGGAGCGUUUUUCUUGAAAGGCAGGGCCUCCACACUCGAGCUGUUCCACACUGAAGAUGAGGACUCCGUCGGAAAUGAGAGCAAGCCCACAAAGCCUUUCUUCCUUCUGCAUCGUGGGCAGUCGGCAGAGUUUGAUGUCAUUUUCAAACCCACCCUGGCUCAACAUCUGGAAGGGAAGAUUCGUCUGUUCGUGGGGAACAGCUGCUCUAACAAGAUCCUAGUAGAACUGGUGGGUGAAGGCCACAAGGACAGAUUCACCUUUAUUGGACUAAAGGAAGAUGCAGAGGAGAGGGAUGCUAAGAGCAGUCUGGAGAAAGAAAUCAUUGAUGCUGUCAGAGUGAAUCACAUGGAUUUUGGGCACUGUCCUGUCGGGAAGCGCUGCCGCAGGACCUUCUCCAUCACCAACCGCACCCGUCACCAGUUCAUGCGCUUUGAGUGGGAGGCAGACGGCCCGUUCCAGAUCUCCCCCAAGGUGGGACACGUCCGUCCUCACCGUUCCAAGGAGAUCACAGUGACCUUGAAAUCAAAUGUCCCAGCCACCUUCAGGAGGCACCUUGUGAAAUGUACGGUGACCAAGAUCGACUUUGAUCUGCCACAAAGGAAGGUUCCGGACUGGGACGACCGAAAGUGCAUUGUCUCAUGGAAGACAACCUCCAGGAAAGACCCAGGAGACAAAUUCUAUAAAAUGGAGAAGGUGAGAAGCAAAAUGGCAAAAAAAGCCAGCCCAGCUUUUACAAAAAGAACCACCAUAACACCAUCACUGCUGGCUGUGCGGCUCCUGCUUCCUCUGACAUUGGACAGCCAAGAGGUUCACCAGCAGUGCAUUCCAGGGGAGAGGUGGAUGCACAGAGACCGGAUACACUCACACAAGAGGGGGAAGCCUUUUGACAAGAGACCUUAA